AUGUUCGGCAUGCAGCAUUACCCAGACGUAACUCGGAAGCGGGGACGCGACGACGAGGACGACAUGCAAAAUGGCACUCUCAGCUUUGGUGAACACAGAAACAAACGCCUCCAAUGCCUACCUCUCCGAACAUCGCCGACCUCUUCGAAGCGCUGGUCUACACCCAUCAUACCACUCAAUGCCGUCCCUUGCACCCUGACACCAGGCGACUCCGACUCGGAGGAACAGCCCAGGUCACACUUUUCGCCCUGGUCGUCAUCACCCGCACCCAUGUCUUGCCAGCCCUCGCCCUUUGGUCCGACCGAGCCCGAUCGUGAUAUGGAUAUGAUGGACACAAUGUCGCCGCCGCCCGUCCCACAGCAGCACAUCCACUCGGACCAGCCCGCCUCCAUCAAUGGCCGCAUGCCCACCCCGAUCCAGCCAAACUUUGCCGCCCAGGUUCGGGGUGGCGCCUGGGGCGGCCCGGGACCCGCAGUCAGCCAUCGUACCGGUGUCGUGAAUAUGGGCCACAUGCAUGCCGGCUUCGGUGCUGACGAGUCCCGCUCCAUUCCCCGCACCAUGGAAGGCACCGACGACUGGCACGCCGUCCAGAACCGCCGUCUGCCCUCGCCUAUCAGUGAGGGUGAGGACUCGACGAGCCACCUUGGGAGUGGAAGCCUGAGUCCCCCAGGAAUGGUCCUCGACAAUGGCUUCCCGUCCAAUCUGACCACGCGCUUGGAACAGUCGUCCCUCAAUGGACACGACCAUCAUGAUAUGGGCAUGAUGGAUGUGGAAGACCACUCGCACAUGAUGAGCGAUGAUCCCGUCACCACCACCAUCGACGCCGGCCCCACAGAAACGACGUCGGCACCGGCAACGCCCUCGCCGGGACGCAAAGGACAUAUCCGAUCAAGGCACACGGUCAACUCGUGGACAUGGCAGCCUGGCAUGAAGAAGAGUUUCAGCAUCGGUUACCGUGCCGAUUGCGAAAAGUGCCGCCUCAAGGUGCCGGGCCACUUUAACCACAUCGUUGUCUCAUAG